AUGAGUGCGCCAAUUCCAGGCUUCGAUGUGCGUCGUUUUGUAAUCGGAAAGUCCAUCGGCGAUGAAUCAUCGACGGUGACCACCGAGGAAGACGACGACGACUACGCUGUGUUUUCCGGUGAUAGCUUACCCGGAGACGCAGCUGAGGAAGAGGAAGAGGAGGAGGAGGAGUGGUCUGGAGAGAAUCGUCUCUGCUUUUACUUGGUGAAGCAAUACGCUUAUGAUGACCCUGAGAUUAAAGAUAAGAUCGAUGAAGCUGAUAGUGAGAUUUAUCAGUGUAACAGUGACAGGAUUCACAUUGCUAACAAACUGAAAGCUAAAAGGGCUGAGAGAUUGUCUCUGGUUGCUCCAAUGGAGGAUUUUGAUGAGUACAGUCCUCACCAGUCGAUGAGUAUGGAGAUAAACGAUAUUAUGAAGGAGCAAGAAAGACUGAAAGAGAUUAAGAUGGAGAUUGAGCUGUUGGAUGCUCAAAUGGUUUGUGUACUUGAUCAAAGAGACAAAGCUUUCGAAACGAUUAUGUUCUUGAGGAUACAACGAGACAAAGGGAAUGCUGCCUUUUACCAGAGUCGUGUUGUCAUGAAGAAAGCCAUGGAGUUGGCUGCUUCCGGGAAUGUUAGAGAUCUUGAAGAGCUCGCUAGUUCCGAGGUUGAGAAGUUUAUGUCUCGUUGGAACAAUGACAAGGCUUUUAGAGAUGAUUACAAGAAAAGAAUCUUGCCUUCUCUUGAUGAGCCAAAGCUGAGGCGCAAUGGAAAUGAAGCAGUUGUGAGAAAGGCAAUGGAGCUUAAGAGGUUUAGUACUGAGGAGGAGAGUGAUGGUUCUAUGGAUUUUGAUAUCAGGCUGCUUCGGAAGGAGGAAGAAGAGAUUGACGAAGAGAGUUUGAAAGAGAGGAAACGAGAAGAGCAGGUAGAGAAAGCUCGGCUAGCGAUGGAAAGGAAGAGGAAGCUACAUGAGAAAGCUGCUGCUAAAGUUGCCAUUAAAGCUAAGAAGGAAGCUGAGAAGAAAGUUAAGGAUCUUGAGAAGAGAGCAAAGAAGAAGGAGAAGGAGAAGGCUGCGUCUAACUCUUCUUUUCCAUCGGAUCUAGACAGAACAACAGAGACAGUCACCGAGACAUCAGCAGUGAAGUCGAAACAGAGAAGUUUUAGGUACUACAGAUAUAGCAGAAAGAGAAAUGAGGAUGUCCCAAAAGCUAUCAUUAAGCGUAGAAAAGCUUAUAGGUUGUGGAUUUGGACUGUUUCCUCGGCUGCAGUGGCUCUCCCGCUCGCUCUCCUCAUUGUGUUCUUUUACAUCAGAUGA